GGGCCUUCUCACUGGUGACUUUUGGCGUCCUGAAGACACGAUCAGCUCUGAUAUUCUGUUCUAAGCUCCCAGAGGGUAGGCCCAGUGUUCCUGUCUUCCUUGGGUCCUCUUAUGAGCACCGUGGCACUCAGGCAGCAGCUGCCCCUAUACGUGCCUGCCCGAGCUAUGCAGGCCACAGGCCAGUGGCGGCGUCUGGGGGCCCUGCUCUGCAUCCUAGCUCUGUGGCCAUAUCCGGCUCAGGGGGUCACCCGUGUCUACUACCUGGGCAUCCAAGAAGUCCCCUGGAACUACUUGCCAAAGGGGAGAAAUAUCAUCACGGACAAGUCAGUGGAAGAAGACAAGGUGGCUGCUGGCUUCCUGGAGUCUGGCAAGAACCGAAUAGGGAGCGUCUACCACAAGACUGUCUAUAAGGAAUACUCAGACAGCUCCUACACGACAGAGGUGCCCAAGCCAGCCUGGUUGGGCUUCCUGGGCCCCGUGCUCCGUGGGGAAGUGGGGGACGUCAUCCUGGUUCACCUAAAGAACUUUGCCAGACGCCCCUACACGAUUCACCCCCAUGGCGUCUUCUACGAGAAAGACUCGGAAGGUUCCCUAUACCCAGAUGGCACCUCGGGGAAGCUGAAAGCAGAUGAUGGUGUUCCCCCAGGAGGGAGCCACACCUACAAUUGGACUAUACCUCAGGGCCACGCGCCCACCCAUGCUGACCCUGCCUGCCUCACCUGGAUCUACCACUCCCAUGUGGAUGCCCCCCGAGACAUUGCCUCUGGCCUCAUUGGACCCCUCAUCACCUGCAAGAGAGGAACCCUGACUGGAAGCUCCCCUCCCAAACGACGGGAUGUGGACCGAGACUUCUUCCUCCUCUUUAGCGUGGUGGAUGAGAAUUUGAGCUGGCUUCUGGAGGACAACAUUGCCUCCUUCUGUUCGGACCCUGCCUCAGUGGACAAAGAGGAUGAGGCUUUCCAAGAGAGCAACAAGAUGCACGCGAUCAAUGGCUUUGUCUUUGGAAACCUGCCUGAGCUGAGCAUGUGCAGUGGGGAGCGUGUGGCCUGGCAUCUGUUUGGCAUGGGCAGCGAGGUGGACGUGCACACAGCCUUCUUCCCUGGGCAGAUGCUGACCAUCCGGGGUCACCACACAGAUGUGGCCUCCCUCUUCCCAGCAACCUUUGUGGCUGCUGAGAUGGUACCCCAGGCCCCUGGCAGGUGGCUUCUGAGCUGUCAGGUCAACAGCCACAUGAGAGAUGGCAUGCAAGCACUCUAUGAGGUCAAGCCCUGCUCCACAGCCCCCUUGAGGGCCCCCCUUACAGGCCAAGUCCGCCGGUACUUCAUUAGGGCCUCUGAGGAGAAGUGGGACUAUGGGCCCACGAAGAGAGACGGCAGGACUGGGGAGAGCCUUCAGGAGCCAGGCAGCAACUCGGAAAAGUUCUUCCAGAAGAGUACCAGUCGGAUUGGGGGUACUUACUGGAAAGUCCGAUAUAUCCAGUACACAGAUGAGACAUUCCAGACGAAGCUGCCACAGUCUGAGGAAACCUUGCACCUGGGCAUCAUGGGGCCGGUGAUCAGGGCCGAAGUAGGCGACACCAUCGAGGUUGUGUUCAACAAUGGAGCCUCGAAACCGUUCAGCAUUCAGCCCCACGGUGUCUUCUAUGAGAAGAACUACGAGGGUAUCAUCUACAAUAAUGGGUCACAUCAACAUGGUUUGAUCGCCAAGUCCUUUGAAAAGGUCACAUACCGCUGGAUGGUCCCUCCCCACGCGGGCCCCACAGCCAAGGACCCAGCCUGUCUCACUUGGAUGUAUUUCUCAGCCGUGAAUCCCAUCAAGGACACCAACUCGGGCCUAGUGGGGCCCCUUCUGGUUUGCAAAGCUGGCUCCCUGGGGGCCAAUGGCAAGCAGAAAGGUGUGGACAAGGAAUUCUUUCUUCUCUUCACUGUCUUUGAUGAGAAUGAGAGUUGGUACAGCAGUACCAACAAGGACGGCGCCAUGUUGGACCAAAGACAACUCUCAGUAGAUGUGGAGGGCUUCCUGGAAUCCAACAGGAUGCAUGCCAUCAAUGGUUUUGUCUUCUCCAACCUGCCCGGGUUAGCCAUGUGCCAAGGGGACACUGUGGCCUGGCAUUUCCUCAGCCUAGGCACUGAGACUGACAUGCACAGCGCUAUGUUUGAGGGCCAUCCCAUCCAGAUGCUGGGCAUGAGAAAGGCUGGGGCUUCCCUCUUCCCACACACCUUUGCUACCGCACUCAUGCAUCCAGACACGCCAGGGGCCUUUGAGAUCUACUGCCAAGAAGGCAGCCACCUCCAGGCAGGAAUGAGGGCAUCCUACAAUGUCUCCGGGUGCCAAGGCAGACGCUCCGGAGGGCGGCCGCGCUACCAAGCAGCUCGCACCUAUUACAUCAUGGCUGAGGAGGUGGAGUGGGACUAUUGCCCAGAUCGCAGUUGGGAGAGGGCCUGGCAUAAUCAAUCAGAGAAGGAGAGCUACGGCCAUGUCUUUCUGAGCAAUGAAGCUGGGCUGCUGGGCUCGAGGUAUAAGAAAGUUGUGUACAGGGAGUAUAGCGAUGGUACCUUCAGCACUCCCCACCCAAGGAGCAGUGCAGAGGAGCACUUGGGAAUUCUGGGCCCGUUGCUCAGGGGAGAGAUUGGUGACAUCCUCACUGUAGUGUUCAAGAACAAUGCCAGCCGCCCCUACUCAGUUCGUGCCCAUGGGGUAGUGGAGCAGGGGCCAGGCUCAGGGAAGCCUGCUGAGCCGGGUGAGGUGGUCACGUACCAGUGGAACAUCCCUGCACGAGCUGGACCUGGACCUAACGACUCAGCCUGCAUCCCUUGGAUCUAUUAUUCUGGCGUGGAUCCCAUCAAGGAUAUGUACAGUGGCCUGGUAGGGCCCCUGGUCAUCUGCCGGAAGGGGACACUCAAGGCCACCGGUGCUCGUAGGGAUGUUGCCCGGGAAUUUGCCCUCCUGUUCCUGAUCUUUGAUGAGAACCAGUCUUGGUACCUAGAGGAGAAUGUGGCAGCCCGCGGUCCCCCAGAUUCGGACAAAAUCAAUCUGCAAGAUGAGACCUUCCUAGAAAGCAACAAGAUGCAUGCCAUUAACGGGAAGCUGUACGCCAACCUCAGAGGGCUGACCAUGUACCAAGGAGAGCGAGUAGGCUGGUACAUGCUGGCCAUGGGUCAGGAUAUUGACUUGCACACCGUCCACUUCCAUGCAGAGAGCUUCCUCUACCAGAGUGGGGAGAGCUACCGAGCUGACGUGGUAGACCUGUUCCCAGGGACGUUUGAGGCCGUGGAGAUGGUGGCCAGCAACCCUGGAACAUGGCUAAUGCACUGCCAUGUGGCUGACCACGUCCACGCUGGCAUGGAGACCCUCUUCACUGUCCUAGCCCAAGGAGAGUCCAUGAUUACCACCAGCAAGGAGAAAUCAGGACCAGGUUUGGAGGACUCUGAAGAUACGGAAGGGGGCAAAGUCCGGAUCCUGGGGAUGAAGGUCCCUGUGCAGCACGCAGAGACACUAACCUUGGUCCUCAUCAUUCUGGGGCUCUUCCUUCUCAUUGUCGCGAUGGCCCUGGCUGGGCUCCUGUUCUACCAGAGGCGGCAGAGAAAUCGGAGGCGCAACAGGCGGUCCAUCCUGGAUGACAGCUUCAAGCUCUUGUCCCUCAAGCAAUAGGACCUGUGCCCAGGGGCCCGCAGUGGGAGCCAGCUGGAUGGCUUUGGGAGCUGGGGUUGGGGUGGGGUGGAACAUUCAUUCACUAAGAUUCUUGCCAUGGCACUAACCCGUAUGAACCUUCUGCCCUAGAGUGGGUGACCAACAAUAAACGGCAGGGAUGACAACAGCAGCAGCAGCCGCAGCAACCUCAAACCUCCCAGCAGCCUCUGCUCCCCUUCCAAAAAUGGUCAGAUGUGUCCAGCUGUGAGGGUGGACCCUGGACCAGCCUCCUGAAACCUGACCCUUCUUUCACUCCACAAUGUGGUGCCUGGACAAAGAGAGAAUGGGUCAAUCACAGGCCCAUUCAUGACGCCUAGCCAACUGGGGGAUGAUGCGAUGUCUGGACCACAAGGACCAAGAAGGGGGCUCGGGUUGGGGCUAAAAAAGGCAGGCUGGGCCUAGGACCUUGAUUCUCCUCAGAGCUGAUUGCUUUAGAAGGGCCUGGGCUGGGUCGGGGGAGGUUGCUAGGCUCUGGAAGGUAGGCUUCUCGAUGGGUAUAGGCAUGUUGUGUCCUGAUGUCAUUCGUAGCAAACACUGUACAUUAAAGAGCUAAUGGAACCUGGGAGCACAGGACUAAAGUGGGGAGGGGGUGGCCUGCACCGACAAUCCUACUGCUCUUGUCCGACAGCCUGCCACUCCUUGUGGGCAUCUCUUCUACAGCAUCCGUGGUGGUCAGUGGGCAUCUGGUCCAUCCCCCUACCCUUGGGAGGACCUAAUCCCACUCUGGCCAGACAUUAAGAGGUCUCUCUUGGCACUUCGUUCUGCUCAGAGUUGGGGGAACCCACCAACCAAGUGAUUGAGCAGUUGAGAUGACAGCAGGAGAGAGAGAGCGUGCACGGGCUGGCUCCCCUGGGCGUAUUUGGCAAGAAAUAUCCUCAAGUGAGACCAAGACUUGGGAAGGGAGAAGGAGGGAGGCAGUGUGGUGUGGUGGAGAGGCUGCGGGAUUUGGAUGAAGGAAAUCCUGGGUUCAGCUCUCACCACAGAUGCCUUCUGGCUGAGUGACCUUGGGCAAGUCACCACCUCCUUUGGCGUCCUGUAAAAGGAGGAGGCUGGUCUCCAUGGCCCUAAGAACUCUUUCAACUCUAAGUCUUAGAGCUCCCAAUUGUGUGAAAGGCUUCAUCCAGAAGCAGAAAUCUAGUUCUGGGGGCCAAGAGUGAGGGAGAGCCAGGCUUAGGUUGGCUCAUGGCAAGGGGAGAUGGGGCUUUUAGGACACCU